AAGCUAAGUGAGAAAGACGUGGAAUCAAUCAAGGGGAGAACUUCAUCAUCAGUCUGCAGCAGGUUUUAUUGAUAUAAAUUCUUGUCCUUUUCAGUCUCUGUGUGUUUUAGUGUUUUCCCUUCUCCAUUGCAACCCAAUAAGAAUCUGCUCUAAAGUUAAAGACCAUCUAUCCUCCAAUAUUCUAAUAAUCUUCUUACGCAGCAGCCAUGGGAAUUCAGGGAAAGAAUCCUCCAUCUUCGCGGUUUCUGGCCGCCACGCUAGUUGCAUAUUGUGCCUGCUUCUUCCUUAUCAUCGCUUGCUGUCGUGCCACUACUUCUGUUCAAGAUAGAAAGGUGUAUAUAGCAUACAUGGGCAACCGUCCAAAGAGCCAAGCUUCUCUUCCCGCGCUACACUUCGGCUUGCUUCACCGCAUCAUUGGCAGUGCUAAGGUCGCCUCUGAUUCCUUGAUCUACAGCUACCACCGGACCUUCAACGGCUUCGCUGCCAGACUAACGGAGGCCGAGCAUCAGAAACUUUCCGCCUAUGAAGGUGUGGUUUCCGUGUUCCCCAAUAAGAUCACGAAGCUCCACACGACGAGAUCAUGGGAUUUCAUCGGCUACCCCAAGAAUGCUUCGACAUCCACCCGCCGCCAACAGAGCAACCUGAUCAUCGGAAUGCUCGACACCGGGGUCUGGCCGGAGUCCCAGAGCUUCGACGAUUCCGGGUACGGCCCACCUCCAAAGAAAUGGAAGGGUAGCUGCCAAUCGUCCUCCAAUUUCACCUGCAACAAUAAGAUAAUUGGAGCUAGGUACUACCAUGCGGAAGGAGAUUAUGGUCCAGGAGACAUCCCUUCGCCGCGGGAUUCCGAAGGCCACGGGAGUCACACUGCAUCCACUGCAGCAGGGAACUUUGUCACGCCGGCUAAUCUCUAUGGCAUCGCCAAUGGGACUGCCCGCGGCGGGGUCCCCGCGGCUCGAAUCGCAGUCUACAAGAUCUGCUGGGCUUAUGGAUGUUCAUAUGUUGAUAUUAUGAAAGCUUUUGAUGAUGCUUGUUCUGAUGGAAUCGACUUGGUCUCGCUCUCGGUCGGUGGUUCGCCAAUGGAAUAUUUCCGUGACCCCAUUGCUAUUGGGGCUUUCCAUUGCAUGAAGAAGGGAAUUUUAAUCUCCAACUCGGCUGGCAACUCCGGUCCCUUUCCUGGAUCAGUCUCCAAUAACUCUCCUUGGUCACUUACUGUUGCUGCAAACACCAUUGACAGAAAGUUGACGACCAAUGUCAUGUUGGGUAAUGGCGAAAUUUACAAUGGGAGCUCUCUCAACACUUUUCUGCCCAAUAAACCGAUGUACCCCCUUAUAUACGGUGGAGAUGCACCAAAUAGGACUGCAGGAUAUGAUGGAAACGUUUCCAAGUAUUGCUACUCGGGUUCCUUGGAUAGAAACCUGGUGCAAGGGAAAAUUGUUUAUUGUGAGGUUGCCAGCCUGGGAGAUGGACCUAUAGAGGCAGGUGCUGCUGGUGCCAUAAUGGGAAACUAUCCACAGGGAGAUGUGGCGUUUCCUUUCCUUCUUCCUGUGCCUCUCUUAAACAAACCUGAUGGAAGCGAUGUUUUGACGUACUCGAACUCAACCAGUGACCCAACUGCAGUGAUUUAUAAGACAGUUGACUACUUGGACGGCUCAUUUCCUUAUGUGGUUUACUUUUCCUCGAGGGGUCACAAUCCGAUAACCCCCGACAUUCUCAAACCGGACGUGACAGGACCUGGAGUAAACCUACUAGCAGCGUGGUCUCAAGGUACAACUAUGACAGGUCAACCUGGGGACACAAGAGUUAUCGCAUACAACAUCAUCUCUGGUACUUCAAUGUCUUGCCCCCAUGCAACUGGAGCAGCAGCUUAUGUUAAAUCACUCCACCGCACUUGGUCCCCUGCUGCCAUUAAGUCAGCUCUUAUGACAACAGCACGACCCCUGAGUGCCAAGUAUAAUCCUGAGGCUGAGCUAGCAUAUGGGACGGGACAAAUCAAUCCCAUCAAGGCUGCAGAUCCUGGACUUGUAUAUGAUGCUGGGGAGAAGGAUUAUGUCAAAUUUCUCUGCGGCCUGGGAUAUUCGACUAAACAACUCCGGCUUGUCACUGGAGACCCGAGUGCUUGCACUGCAGCUACAAAUGGAACCGUUUGGGAUCUAAACUAUCCUAGUUUCGCCCUAUCAGCAAACAGAUCAGGAGUCUCUGUGACUAGGGUAUUUCACAGAACCGUCACAAAUGUUGGAUCAGCAAAUGCAACCUAUAAAGCCACGGUAACUGCACCAGCAAACCUUAAGGCUCGAGUUAGCCCAAGUGUUCUUAGUUUCGAGACUAUUGGGAAGAAAAAGUCAUUUGCUUUGACAGUCUCUACCGUGAUUGGGCAGAACACCAUCUCUGGUGUUCUUGUCUGGAGUGAUGGGAAGCAUGUAGUAAGGAGUCCUAUUGCUGCAUUUAUGUCAUCCCGCGAGUGAACCUCCUUAGUUUCUAUGGGAAAAUUUUAGUUGGUGGCAUGUUGGAUGCAAGUAUAUGUUCUGGUAAAUAAUAUUUGCAGUUAUAGCAGAAUCAAAGUUGUAAUGUUACUUUUGAUUCAUCUACAUUGAAAUAUAAUAUCAUCUUCAUCACUCGUUUACUGCCAAAUAUAAUAUCAUCUAUGCU